AUGGCGUCCAACCUCCCCUCCAACCCCCUCGGCAAGGCCAAAGAAUCAAUCCAAGGCUUCAUGUCGCAGGCUGGUGAGCAUGACACCACUGUCGAGAGAAAGGAAGAGCGGCCCGUGAAGCACGAGACGGUCAAGCCCAUGCAGCACGAAGAGGUCAACACGGCCGUCGACAAGGAGGUGCACAAGGACCACUACCACCGCACCGUCCAGCCCAUCAAGGACAAGCAAGUCCUCCCGGAGAAGCAUUCGUUCAAGCAGAACCAGACCGAGAACCGCGAGUUCGACUACCGCGACAAUAAGGCCGCCGAGAGGGCCCAGCGCGAGGCCGCCAAGUUCCACGAUGAGCGGAACGUCGAAGGCACCCGGUAUUCCAAGGAGAACGCACCGACCCAGCAGGGCGAGCAUAUGCACCACCACAUCCACGAGACGAUCCAGCCCGUGAUCAACAAGGAAACGAUCCAGCCCGAGGUGGUGCACACACUCAACCCGAUCCACGAGACGCACCACAUGGCGGCGGAGCAUCACGGGGCCACGAUGAAUCCCGAGAUCAGUAUGUCCGAGUACCAGCGCGGCGCCGGGGCCCACGCGGGUACCCGCGAGACCGAGUACAUGCGGGGCCAGCCCAAGGACAUGGGCGGCGUCAAGGCGACCGCGUCGGGCAAGCAGGCCAUGAAGAAUAAGCAGCCCGGCAGCGGCUUCAACCCCGAGGACGAGGGCGUGGCCGGACAGGAGCAGGAGUCUAGCAUCCUCAGCGGCUUGAACCCUUGGAGCAAAUAG